AGAGAAAAGGGAAUCCAACGGGCGGUGCCAAACCUGAUCCCAUCACGCGGACAGACCUGCAAAGAUCACCCGUCAUAGACCAUUGUAACUUAGCUAGCUAGCAUCCGCCACUGCAAGCGAAUACGGCGAGACACAGGCAGAGCAAAGACGAUAGUGCAUAAAAACAGAGAUGGCAGGUAUUUUGGCUUGGUUUUGGAACGAGAGAUUCUGGCUCCCUCAUAAUGUAACCUGGGCAGACUUAAAAAACACUGAUGAGGCAACCUUUCCGCAAGCCGAGGAUCUGUAUCUGGCGUUACCUUUGGCAUUUUGCAUAUUCAUGAUACGGCUGGUUUUCGAAAGGUUUAUUGCGAGGCCUUGCGCCUUAGGCCUGAAGAUACAAGCCAACGGGCCUCAGAAAGCCCAGCCCAAUGCGAUUCUGGAGAAGGUCUUCACUGCUAUCACCAAGCAUCCAGAUGAGAAGCGGUUAGAGGGUCUGUCCAAGCAGCUGGACUGGGACGUGCGGACCAUCCAGCGUUGGUUUCGCCAGCGCCGGAACCAGGAGAAGCCCAGCACCCUGACCCGCUUCUGCGAGAGCAUGUGGCGGUUCACAUUUUAUCUGUACAUAUUCACGUAUGGAGUGCGGCUCCUGAAAAAGACCUCCUGGAUUUGGAACACCAGGGAAUGCUGGUACAACUACCCUUAUCAGCCCCUGACUGUGGAUCUACACUACUACUACAUAGUGGAGCUGUCCUUCUACCUGUCCCUCCUAUUCUCCCAGUUCACUGACAUCAGACGAAAGGACUUCCUGGUCAUGGUCAUACAUCACCUGGCGACAAUCUCCCUGAUUACCUUCUCCUAUGUCAAUAACAUGGCGCGAGUGGGCACUCUGGUCAUGUGCCUCCACGACGCAGCUGACAUUCUGCUGGAGGCUGCAAAAAUGGCCAACUACGCCAAGUGUCAAAGGCUCUGCAACUUCAUAUUUGUCAUGUUUUCCUUGGUUUUUAUAAGUUCCAGGCUGGGAGUGUAUCCUGUUUGGAUUUUGAACACUACCCUUUUUGAAAGCUGGGAAAUCGUGGGCCCUUAUCCCUCCUGGUGGGUCUUCAACUUCCUGCUGCUCCUGCUGCAGGUGUUGCACUCCUUCUGGUCCUAUCUCAUAGUGAAGAUCGCCUGCAGAGCCAUCUCCAAAGGGAAGUCGGGAAAAUGGAAUCCUUUACAUGUGUCGAAGGACGAUCGGAGCGACAUCGAGUCCAGCUCCGACGAGGAGGAAGUUCCCCGCCCUGCUCUGAAAUUCCAUAGCAGCGCCACCAACGGGACUAAUGGGACCAACGGGACCAACGGGUACCUGACGGGCACCCCCUGCUCGGACGAACACUGAUCACCCCCACUUUGAGACAUUUCGAGCACUGGAAGGAUGUUGCAUACACAAUUAAUAGGUUAAUGUACGUGAGACACAAACAUCACCCGUUUGAUACUGGAAGUUCUUAAUAGAAUUUGUGAAUUCCAUUCCAUUUUUCUGUAUGGUUUUUUUUUCACCCACCCCUCUCAUUUAUUUCUCCGACUGUCUGCAUCGAAGAGCAUUUAGUGGGAUGUCAUAUGCUAGCGUUCUCGUUGCGCACCAGCCAGCUUCUCCUCCUGCAAACGAAUGGGGCCGUUUCAUUAGCAUUGUGUAAGCAUGCCGAGUAAGUGUAGUUCUGACAUUACGGAAGUGGUAUUUUAUUCUGUCUGUGUCUUUGGACAUUAUUUAUUUUUUAUAUAUAUAUUGGAGAAUUUUGGACAAAAGGGAUUUUUUUUUUGGAUGUGUUUUAAUAAUUUGAAUGUCAGUGUUGAAAAUCGCUAGGCU